AUGGAGGCAUCGGUAGUGUCGGAUGCAGGAAACGUCGAAACGCUUAACGGUGAAGCCAAGCAGAGCGAGACGAGUGGAAGCGAAGGUGGAGAGCGAGAGACGCAGAAGAAAGGGCAGGAAGAGCGGGAGGAGAGCGGAGACGGGCCGAGAGGAGACGGAGACGGGGCGAGAGGAGACUGUGCGCAGCCGCAUUUGCUGACCAUUGAGGAGGCGACGAUGCGAAUAAGAGCCAUCGCGCAGGAGAUCGCAUUCCCCGCGCGGCGAAGGGGACGCGGAAGGGGCUACGGCGGAAGGAGUCGGGGUCGCGGUAAGGUGGAGCGGAGUGGGGCGGGACUGGGGGAACGAGGAGCGGAGGAGAAGCAAAGAAGUGAGGGAGAGCAAAACGAAGAGGAGAGGACACGAGAGGAGGACGAGCGAGCUGAGAUGACGAAACGAGACGAGGAGCGUUUACGGAAACUGGAGCAGGAAAGGGCUGGGGCAGACGGGGUGGGAGGAGACGGGAUGGACGGCCGUGCGGAGCAACAGGGGAUGGGCGGCAGUGCGGAGCAAGAGGGGAUGAGUAUCGCGGAGGCGAUGGAGGCUGUACGGUCCCUUGCAGGGAAGCCUGCGCUCAACGAGGUUCGGCGAACGGGACAUGGAGGGGCGUCUGGCGUGAGUGAUGAAGGAGGGGAUAGGGUGGAGCUGAAGGGGGCGAAAUUGGGAGAAGGAGGUGCGGUGCAAUGGAGAGUGGAGGAGGAAAGGAGGGAGGAGGGAGUGAAGAGAGAAGUGGAAGAGAGGAGAGUAAAGGAGGAGAAGGGAAGAGAGAAGGAAGAGCGGAACGAGGAGGAAGAACGGGUUGGGGAGACGAAAAGAGAAGAGGGGAAUGUACCAACAUUGGGGCAAGAAAGGGCGAGAGCCAUAGAGCGCCUUAGGCUGUUGGCACACGUGCCACAUUGUGAUGGGCAGGGCGUGGAGACGGAAAUGGAUCAUUGUGAUGCUGCUGGUAGUGGUGGUGGUGGUGGUGGUGGUGCUGCUGCUGCUGCUGCUGCUGCUGCUGCUGCUGCUGCUGCUGCUGCUGCUGCUGCUGCUGCUGCUGCUGCUGCUGCUGCUGCUGGUGAUGCUGCUGGUGGUGAUGCUGCUGGUGGUGCUGUUGUUGACGUCUCAAAUCCCCCCUCCCCCUCCUCAACAACUCCCACCACCAGGCUCUACCACAUAUGCUAUAUGGCGGAAGCUGCCAGGAAGCUGGGCUUGGACGGGUCGGCGGCGGCGUUUGUCCCGUUGUGCAGGGAGCUGGCCAAUGACAGCGAGCCUGAGAUCCGCCAGACGCUCGCCGAGCAGAUUCCGCAGCUGCUACGCGCAUAUGCCCCGGCGGGCAGCAGGGCGCGCGGGGCACUGAUGGAGCUCAUGGACGUGGCGAACCUGCUGCUGCUGGACGAGGCUGAAGAGGUGAGUGAGACAGUGGGGGGGGCGUAUGCACAGGACGGACAGUGGAUGGACAGGGAAUCGGACUUAGGGAGGGAGGAGGAGGGGAGGGGGGUAGUGCACGGGGGCACUGAUGGAGCUGAUGGACGUGCAGGUGGCGAUGGUGGCAUAUGGCACGGAGGAGGAAGCCACAGCCCAUGCUGCUCUGCUCAUGCUGUUUUGCCCUUCUGCCCCUUCUUCUGCCCCUUCCUCUGCCCUUUCCUCUCCCCCUUCCUCUCCCCUUUCCAGAUGCAAGUGGCGAUGGAGGGCGGCUAUGUGGCAAUGAUGGCGUAUGGAGCGGAGGAGGAAGCUACAAGCCAUGGUGCCGUGCUCAUGCUGGUUUGUGCCCCUUCCCCUUCCCCUUCCCGCUGCCUCUCCUCCCCGCACCUCACAGGUACAAGUGGCGAUGGAGGGCGGCUAUGUGGCAAUGAUGGCAUACGGCGCGGAGGAGGAUGCAGCGGUGGAGGCGAUGCUGCUCAAUGCCCUGCUGCGCCUCGCGCUGCUGCCGCACUCCCAGCCUGCUCGCGUCUGCGCUGCCUCUUCUCUCCCCUGCAGCUUGAUGCCUUCUCCGGUGCCGGUGCACUUCGCCCGCUCUUUGAGCACCGAGCCGUGCCGCACCUACUUGCGCUCGCUGCUGACGUGCACUUCCAAGUCAGAAAGGCAGUAGCAGAGGGCCUGGCGCAGUGCUGCAGGGCCAUGGGGGCCAAUGCUGCAUGCCUGGACGGCUCUCUGUUGGGAGAGGAGAGGGACACUCAGGCAGCAGCAGGUCUGGGAGGAGCAGCGGCUGCAGCAGGGGGAGUGGGAUUAGCAGGAGGAGGUGAAGGAACAGGGGCCGUGGCAGCUGCUGCAGGUGAGGUGGAGAGUGCAAACGCUGCAGCACAGGGGCUUGAAGCUGCAAGAGAAGCUGCACCUGCUACUGAGGAAGUCGGUAUGGGGGAUGUGGGGCUCGCAGGAGAGUCAAGGGUGCAGGGUGGUGGGAUGGUGUCUGGAGCGGUGCGGCACGGUGGAAUGGGGUCUGAGAGUUGGGGGGAGAUUGAAGAAGUGCGGGAGAUUAGUGAGGAAGCGGGAGACCAUGAAGUGAGCUCGCUUGCAGCUGUGAGGGAGUGUGGAGUAGAGGAGGAAAAUGGGGAGGGGGGAAGUGGGGUGAUUGGGCGGGAGGAGGAGGGUGGUGGAGAGGAGUGGGGCAAGGGUGUGGAGGAGGAGGAGGAGGUGUCACGAGUGAGGCGGCGGACUCAGCUCAUAGGGGAGCUCAUGGGCCGACUGGCGAAUGAUGUAAGCGUGCCAUCAGCGUGGGUGCGGGAGGCAGCUCUUCAAAUGCUGGGGCCGCUGCUGUCCGUGCUGCGAGGCGCUGACAUGCGGGACCUGGUGCACAUGUUUACGAGCAUGGCACAGCCAGUGCCCAUGGGUGAUGAUGGCGAUGGCGAUGCAGACGAUGACCGCCUGCCGCUCUACUGCGCCUUCAACUUCCCAGUGCCCAUGGGCGAUGGUGGCGAUGACAUGAUAGGGCCACCAGUGCCCGUGGGCCAUGGUGGCGAUGCCGAUGCUGACAAUGAUGACCGCCUGCCGCUUCACUGCGCCUUCAACUUCCCACGUGGGAACAGCGUUGCUAGCAGCAACAGCGGUGGUGGUGGGGCUGGGCCCAUCGCGCUGGUGGGAGCUGGAGGCAGCAUACGGCCACCUGCUCGCCUCACCCCAUUGCAUGCUGUCUACCACUCCCCCCUCAACUCUCUCUUGUCAACUCUCUCUUGUCAACUCUCUCUAUAUCCAUCCCUUCCCUCCCCCAUUCUUCCUCCCUCGAACCCGUUCCUGCUCUCCUCUCCGCCAAUCGCGCCGUGCCAGCUGGCGGUGCGGCGCACGCUGGCGUGUCACGUGCAUGAGCUGGCGGGGCUGCUGGGGCCGGCCAUAACCGUGCGCUGCCUGCUUCCCGCCCUCCAGGCGCUCGUGUGCGAUGAGGACGAGGUGCGCAUGGCGUUGGUGCCCACAUUCACGGCCUUCAUGGCGUGUCUGCCCGCCUCCCACCGCCCGCACUGCGCUCGCCUGCUGCCGCGCCUGCUGUGGCGCCAGGGGCUCUCGCCCCAGGAGGUCCACGCUCAGGAGAUGGCAGCUCAGCGCGCUGCAGAGGCUGCAGAGGCAGCAGCAAUAGCAGCGGCAGCUGCAUCAGCAGAGGGCGGAGAGCGAAGGGAGGGAGGAGAGAGAAGUGAAGGUGAGGGGAUUGAGGGAGGAGAGGGAGGAGGGGGAAGUGAGGGGGAAGAGGUUUGUGCGUUAGCAGCAGCGCCUGGUGCUGCUGGACGCGCAGAGGGAGUGGGGAAGAGACCAGAGGGACUCGUGAUCGCUCCCUUGGACCCGAGUGCGCAUGUGGAAAGCUGCCUUGCAGAGAGUCCUGUGGCACCACGACGCCCCUCUGAAGAGGGAAUUGUUAUAAGUAGUGGUGUGUUACAAGGGGCAAGUGUAUAUGGCGAGGAGUAUGUGGAUAGCCCUCGGUACCCACCGCCGCCAAGGAGCCUCGUGGCUGGUUCUGCGGAUGGGGCUGCUGCUGAGGGUGGAAGUAGCGCGCGUGACAGUGACGAGAGAGAGGUAAAUCCAUGUAACAGUAACGAGGGGGAGCGGCUGGAAGUUGGGCAGGGUGGUGAGGGAAAGGAGGCGAGGGAGAAGGUGAGGGAGGAGGCGAGGGAGGAGGCGAGGGAGGAGGCGAGGGAGGAGGCGAGGGAGGAGAGUGGUGGGCUGUGGGCGAAGAUUGUGAGUGGGCUGGGUGGCCUUGGGACAGGCGGUUGGCUGGGGGAGGUGGCAUUUGGGGGAGGCGUGGAGGGUAAGGGAGGGGAGGUGGCAUCUGGAGGAGCAGGUGUGGAUGGCGGUGGAGAGGAGGUGGGCCGUGAGUGUGCAGGGGGGGAUGUGGAGGGGAGUGAGGGGCGUGGUGAUGAUAGUUUGAAUGAGGGGAGUGAGGGGCGUGGGGAUGAUAGUGUGAAUGAGGGGAGUGAGGGGCGUGGUGAUGAUAGUUUGAAUGAGGGGAGUGAGAGCAGUAGUACUAGUGGUGAUGGUGUGAUUGAGGGUAGUGUGAGCAAUGAAAAUAGGUUGAGCGAGGGGAGUGGGAGAGGGAACGAGAGGAACGGGGCAGAGGGAGAAGAAGGAGCAGUGGGGACAGAAAGGGCAAAUGGGGCAGAGGGGGCAAAUGGGGCAGAGGGGGCAGAGGCAGCAGAAGAAGCGGAGAGGAAAGUGCAGGGGUCGCAGGCUGAGUUGAGAGGGGACCAGGGGGAGCUUGAGGGGGACGAAUGCAGGGAGGACGACAGAUCUAUGGGAGAGGAAGGAAUGCGCAUCCACGUGGCGGCAGCGGAUUCGCCGAGGCCGCUGGUGCUGGGCGGCAGCAACCCGAGUGUGCAGGUGCAGCUGAGGGCGCUCCCCAGCCGCAACCGCGUGCGCCCGCAGAUGCGUGUGGCCGGCCGGGAGAGCUCCUGGCACCUGCGCCUCGCUGCUCUCAGCCAAGCAUCAGGAGUGGCGCAGUUGCUGCCACCCAACAGCGCCGCCCUACCUUUCCUCAUCGACCUCGCUCUCUCCCUCUGCAGGGAUCGGAUCGCUACCGUCCGGGAGGAGGCAGCCAGACAGUCGUUAUCUGCUGAACCUAAGUCUACUGGCUCCUCUUGUGCCGAGCCUCUUGCCGCUGACUUGUAUGUUUCCGAGCCUCGCGGUGGACCAGGCAGCAGCAGCACAGUGCAUGGAGAGGGGGAAGCAAGGGGCGGGGGUGGGGGGAGCAUUAGCCAGGAGAGUAAUAGUGGGAAGAGCAAGGGCAGAAGCGCGGAGGGGGGUGAGGAGGACGGGGUGAGUGAACAUGCUCUGUCCACUGGCACCAGGGACGGUCACUAUUACGAUCACCAGCAUGCUUCUGCUGCCACUCCUCACUCCACCAAUACGGUUGCAGUGAGCCCUGAUGACGCUGCUGAGGACCCCCAUGAUGAUUCUGUGAAGGGCGUUCAUCCCCACCCUGCCGCUCACCCGGGAGGAGCCCGGCCAUCGCGAUCCCCUCCCCCCCCUGACUCAGAUGCAUCUGCCUCCCAGUCUCUCCUCUCUGCCUUGGCUGCUCUCGCCUCCAGUCGCAAUUUCCGCGACCGACAAACGUACGUCUCUCUCCCAUUCCCCUUCCUCCUCUCUACUCGGCUCCCUCCUAUCCCCUCACUCCCCUCAUCGAUGACCCCCCUUGUUUCCCCUCGUCUCUUCUUUCCAUCAAUCUUGAUCUCGAUUUCUGGCUUUACCGUAGCGUUCGGCAUAGCCUGUACGGAGCUGCUGGACUGCAUCCGGCCAACCCUGGCAGCGCCUCUCCUUGCCUCGCCAGCGCACUCCUUUCCUCCUGCCACCACACACACACACCCCUCCGCACACACGCCCUCCUCUCCUCCCAUAGCCCUCCCCUUGCUACUAGAGCACACGUGCCUCUCAGCAUCGCAGUCGCGGUUGGACGAGCUGCGUGCGUCAGUGGCGUCAGCCCUUGCCCUGCUGGAGGGCGACGAGGAUGCUGACGUGGCAUGGACCGCUCUGGCUAGAGUGCCGUCUCCCCACGGGGAUGGGCGUGGAGAUGCCAUGGGCUCGUAUUCGGUUGCCCAGCUCCAUCACCAUCACAAUCAUGCAGCCUGA